AUGCUGCCUCCCCCGCUGCCUCUCAAAGCGAAGCGUUUAGCGGACGACUUGGAUGCGAGUACAUCGGCGUCGAGCAGUUCCAAACGGGUCAAGUUUGAAAAAACCAAUGGUGGUGGAGACGGAGAGGUGGACGGAGAUGAGGACGAUGGCGAUGAUGAUGUAGAUAUGAACGGAGAAGGAGGUGUCAAAAUGGGUUUCGUCCCUGAAGGAGGUGUGAGACCUGCAGAUGAGCUAGACGAGGAGGUGGUGAAUCAGACGGAUUUGACGGAUAUUGAAGAUAUAGGCGAAGUCGCCAAGUUGAUACACUCGAAAAAGCUAAAGGAGAUCCUGGCGGAUAUCUCACGGUACACUGCCGCUCCUAGCGAUAUGUCCAGCUCGUCAGGUCCACUCGAAGAAAACCCUGAAUACUCGCUCGUCGUUUCCGCCAACAACAUGUCUGUCGAAGUGGACAACGAGAUCCUCAUCGUCCACAAGUUUAUCAGGGAUCAUUACGCUCCGCGAUUUCCCGAGCUCGAACAGCUCAUUGCCGACCCUUGGACCUAUAUUGCAGCCGUCAAAGCCAUCGCCAAUACGGAGGAUCUGACCCGAUGUACUCUUCCCAAUACCCUUCCACCCGCCACUAUCCUCUCCAUCAACCUCACUGCCACCGUGACCAAAGGUCGUCAAUUGACUGAAGGCGAAUGGAGAACCGUCGAGCGGGCUAUCGAGUUUGCGCAAAAUCUUCGAAUCGCGAGAGAGCAAAUCUUUGCAUACGUCGAAUCGAGAAUGUCUUCCGUCGCACCAAACCUGUCUGCGAUCGUAGGGACAGGUAUCGCUGCGAAAUUGCUAGGUCUGGCGGGUGGACUUCAAGCUUUCUCCCGUCAACCAGCUUGCAAUAUCAUGUUGUUCGGAGCUCAGAAGAGGACGUUGGCAAAUUCUCAUCUUUCAGCUGCUAGUCAAGCUCGACAUACUGGGUUCAUCUUUUCCUCUCCUAUCGUUCAAUCCGCUCAACCGGAAGAUAGGCGCAGAGCUCAGAGAGCCGUAUCGGCAAAGUGCAUUCUUGCGGCCAGGAUCGAUGCAGGCAAGAGUGCCCGGGACGGAAGUGCGGGGAGGAAGUGGCUGGGAGAGUUGCAGAAGAGGAUCGAGAAGAUGGCAGAGCCUCCUCCGAACAAGAUGACAAAGGCUCUGCCUAUCCCCCAGGAGACCAUCAGGAAGAAGCGAGGUGGAAAGAGAGCUCGAAAGCAGAAAGAAGCAUAUGCUCAGACAGAGCUACGAAAGCUUCAGAACCGUAUGGAAUUUGGCAAGGCCGAAGAAGAGUUUGGAAUGGACGACGAGACUGUCGGAUUGGGAAUGGUCGGACAAGGCUCUGGAAGAGUCAGGGGAGAGCAAGUGGAUGCACGAAGUAAAGCCAAAUUGUCUCGAGCGAAUCGAAUCAGAACUCAAAUGCUCGGUCGAUCACUCACUUCUCAAGAUGCCAAAUCGGGUACUUCGACUUCCUUGUCCUUCACCCCUGUACAGGGCCUGGAAAUCGUCACGCCGAGUCUGUCUGCUGCUGCGAGAGUUCAACAGGCCAACGAGAGGUGGUUCGCGAGCGGGACGUUCACCCAUGUGAGGAAGGAGGGCAGUAGUAUACCUGGGCAAGUAUCAAAAUGA